AUGGCACCAGUGCGCUAUGGCGUGUUCAUUUUGUGUCGUCUUGCUGUGUACAUGGAACGUCAGAAUCUUGAUGCACGAACGCGCACGGUCAAGGUUCGACCACCCAAAUCCAAGUAUUUUGUCCUGAGGGAGUUCUUCAAACCCACCUCCCUUGCCGGUGGCCUGGAGACGCGCUUUGAGGUAUUCUUUGAUGGCGAUAAGUUUGAGCCGGACCGGCAGUCCGUACAGGACAAAAUUGUUAUCCAGACGGAGACUGGCAGCUAUGACUUGCAGGCAAGACCACCGGAUAGCAGCAGCAGAUGUAGAAAGGGAGGGCCCAGUAUAGAGCAGCUCAAGGCCACCGCUCCCAAGGCCGAUGUGCGCAUCCUGGGUGACCUGAUCAUGGGCCUACUGCCUAGCGACAGCAAGGCGUCUAAGACCAUCCAGCUGGUGAAUGAUGGAUCCGCACACGCGUCUUUCCGUGUGGAGUGGGACAGGAACCUGCCCAUUAUUGUCGAACCCAACAUCGGUGUGGUGGACCCGGGGGGUCAGCCUGUGGACCUGACCGUGACCGUCACUGUGGGGGACGCCGGUUCUCUGGCCUCGGAGAUCACGGUGGUGCUCGGAUCCAUCACCAAAAAGGUCAUGUUUACUGCUACCAUUAUAAAGCAGUCUUUUGACCUGGUGGACAGCUCGGGAGCCAUUCUGACUGAGCUGGACUUUGGCAGCCUCUACUACGGUCAGACCUCGGAGCGCGAGGUGACCCUGUUCAAUAACGGUCCCGUGGAGGCCCGCUACAUCAUCAGCUACGGCACCCUGGCGGAGAUGCGGUCCAAGGUGGAUGAUGAGGCGGCCGCCAACGCCGACCCCAACGACCCCUUUGCUGACGUUAUCAUGGCCGCGCGGCAGCGUCAAAAGGCACGAAAUACCGGCGACAACCCCUUCCACGUAACGCCGCUCAGCGGCGUCAUCGCGCCCUACUCCAAGGCCUCUGUCAGCGUGCGAUAUACGCCGUCGGCCCCCCAGGCGGGCAAGGGCUUCACCUGCCUGGUGCCCUCUUCCGACCAGGCACUGCGUACGUUCGAGUACUUUGCGGUGGUGGAGCUGCUGGGGCUGCCUACCAAGAUGAAGCUGCCCAUCCGCGCACGUGGCAUGCCCGGUGGUCUGCGGCUGUCCUCGCAGGCGCUGGCGUUUGGCGAUGUGGCCACCCACAACUGGGCGGACCAGCUGCUGGGCAUCACCAACACCAACUCGCAGAUGGGGGCGAGGUACCAGAUGAUCAAGUCCACCCCCUAUUUCUCCGUGGACCCCUCCUCGGGGAGUAUCCUACCGGGGGGCAACAUACAGGUGGUGGUCAGGUACCACCCCAAGGCCAUGGGAAAGCACAAGGGGACGAUACCCAUCAAGGUUCUUAGCGAGCAGGGCGAGGUGAUCCAGGAGCUGGCCCUGGAGCUGUCUGGCACCAGCCUGCGCAUGGGGGAGAAGGAUUCGCUUGUAGGAGGGACGGACAAACUGCCACAGGACUUCGAGCGGCCGCGCAAUUUCGUGGACGAUGAGCAGGUAAUGCUGACCACAUUGGAGGCCCGGAAGAAAAGCACCCGGUUACUGACCAAGACCUGGGACAAGCCCGAGCUGGCGGAUGCGUACAAGGAAACCUCCACCAAGGAGACCAUGUCGCGGGCGCAAGCGGCGGCAGCAGGAGCGCACAAGGAGAAGUACACGACCUUCAUGCGCGCGCAGCGGACGGCACGGGAGGAACAGCGCAAAAACGGACGGGUUGACGAGGACGAUGUCAACCUGGGCAUGGACACCCGCAGCGGCCUGCUGGCUCCGGAACCCAAGCUCAGUCGCACCGUGGACCCGUUGUGGAGGGUGGAUGCCAGCAAGGAGGCCGCACCACGCAUGCUGAGACAGCUGGGUGCUGCCGAUCUGGAGGGGGCGCAUCAGUGGAAGCCGCGGCCGCAGUCAGAGCAGGAGCGAAUAGACUGUUCCCGCGAGCUGAGCAAGGACGAGCUUGCCCGCCUGGUAGUGGGUCCCCGCAUUGUGGACUUCGGCAAGGUGUCCAUGGGCUCCACCAACACCCGUCAUCUGGUGAUGCAGAAUACACUGGACGGCUUUAUCAAUGUGGUGCUGGACAUCAAGCACCUGGAGAUGCUGAGAGACUCACCUAGCAUCAGCCAGGUCAUACCACCGGGAGCUAAGGCGGACUUCCCGCUCGUGCUGCAGGCGAGCGAGAUCCGGUCCGUGAAUGAGAAGGUCGAGUACGUGGUGAACGGCAACCACGUGCUUUCCUUUCCUCUGUCCGCCGACAUCGUGCCCGUCAACCUGGACUUCUCCGCCGAGGACCUAAACUUCCAGUUCAGUCUGGACAACUGGGACGAAGCGGUGGAGAAAAUCCUUAUACUGGACAACCCACACAAGUUCCCAGUCAACUUCACCGUAGAGUCCACCAACACAUGCUUCCAGGUGUCAGCUGGUGGCGGCGGUAUCAUCCGCAGCCAGUCGUCCGUAGAGGUGGUGGUGCGCUGGGCUCCGGAUAUGAUGGGACCUCCCAAGCAGGAGGGCUUCCUCAUCAUCAAGAUGGUUGGGGGCGAAGCCCCCAAGCGCAUCUACAUGACGGGCGAGCUGCCGGAGGGCAAUGUGCGGCCCAAGGACAAGGAGCUGGUGGUGUCGGUGGUGCCUGUGGGCAUACAGCAGAGCACUGUGCUGCAGAUCAAGAACCACGGAAGCCGUGAUACGGCCUUCCGCUUCUUGUCGAAUGAGGAGCUGAUCACCAAGCCCAGCAGCGGCCGCAUUGCCGCCGACGAGACCCUGGAUAUCGAGGUGCUGUUCACCGCCAACGAGCCGGGCACGUUCCUCAGUUGCUUGGCGCUGGAGAUGCGCGGCGGGAACAUCGUCAAGAUACCCUUCCGGGCUGAGGCGGUGGUGCCCAAUGUGGAGAUUGAGCAGGACGAGUUCAACUUCGGCUCCGUGUUCGUGGGCAGCUCCUCCCGCCUGCCCCUGACACUGCGCAACACCUCCCAGGUGGCCGCCACCCUCAUGAUCGACCUGGUGGCGCACCCCGACCUGCAGCUGCUGUGCCCUAAGGAUGCAUGGUCCACUGCCGAGUACGAGGCAUGCCCGCUGGAGGCCAUCGGCCCCGCCGGCAGCCAGGUGCUGGGAAGCCGCUUCGGCAGCGGGAGGGUCAGCCGUAGCGGUAGCAGGCGACAGUCGUCGUCGCUGGGCUUCAGGUCAAUGUCCUAUGAUGGCUUCAAGUACCGCAUUACCAUCAACCCCUGCAAGGAGCUCCCAUUGCUCCUGGACUUCCGGCCCAUGGAGCAACGCGAUAGGGACGUGGAGCUGGCCUUCCACCUGGUGACGGCAGGAGGAAACUCCGUACAGCCAGUACGGAAGGUUGCUACUGGCAAGGGUAUGAGUCCCCGCAUCAUCCUAUCCAAGACCCUAAUCGACUUCGCCAACAAGGUCGUCAUUCGCUCAAACCAGCUCAAGGCGCCUUACGUCAUUGACCUGUACGUCACCAAUCAAGAGGAAAAACCGGUGGUGGUGUCGUUUGGCGAGCCGGUUCCCGCACCCCACGCUGCGGGGCUGCCGGUCAAGGGCAUCUACAGCAUGGACCUGGCGCCCAUGCAGUCCCUGGAGGUCCAAGCCCAGGAGAUGGUGGGCGUGCAGAUCCGGUUCUGCCCCCGUGACUCGCGCACCUACGAGGCGCUCAUCCCUGUAUACCUGGACGGGGCCACGGAUGCGCCCUACCUCAACAUCGAGGUGCAGGGCGUGGGUCAGUACCCCAGGCUGUCCUUCGAUGUGCGCGAGUGCUUGCUGCCGCCCGUGCCUCUGGGCCUGCGCAGCACCGCCACCUUCUUCGUCGUUAACAACGGCUACGACAACCUGGAGCUUAAGUAUAAGCUGCCUGCGGACGAGGGCCACCUGCCCAUGGAGGUGGAGUUCCCGGAGGGGACGAUCAUUGGUCUUGCCAAGGACCGGCUUCCUGUGGUGGUGUCGUUCAUGUCCCCCAAGCCCAUGUCCUUCACCGCCAACAUCGACUUCAUGGACGAGGACGGCAAGCGCUUCUCCAUGUCAGUCACCGGCACCACCGACAACUCCCUGCUCACGCACGGUGCCUUCAUGGCCGUCAACAAGAGCCAGCUGGUGUUUAGCCACGAGCCGGGGAUGCCGGUGUUCCUGGAGGAGGCGGCGUACGUGCUGCCGGCGCCGCCCAUGUGCCUGGGACCCGAGGUGCCCUGCCGCGGUGUGGCACGCUACCUCAACGCCACCACUACACGAGGGCCAUUCGAUAACCUGGGCCAGCAGAUGAUGGUCAGCCGCGGCAAGUUGCUCCUGGAGAUUGUGGAGAUGCUCAGUGGAAAGUCGGUGCCGGGCAAGAUCUUCAAGUUGAACAACAACCGGAAGGAGGCGGUACGGCAGCUGCUGCUGCAGUACGACGCUGUGCUAGUGUUCCUCAAGUCUCACGGAUGCUUGCUUAACGCCGUCAAGCCAGAGAUGCUGCUCGAGUAUGAAGACUUCUGCAGGGUGAUGAACGAGCGCAGCACCGCCGCCACCGACAACGCCGAGGAAUUGGAGGCGUUGGAGAUGUGGAGCGAGGUGGAGAUGAACUUCGCCACCGUAUCGGCUCAGGCCUGGAACUCCAUGGUGCUGCAGAUCUUCAAGGUCUUCGUGUUGGGCAGGGUGACGCUAAAGAGCCUGCGUACGCUCCCAGGCUCUGAGAAUCUUGAGCUCCCCCCCGACUCGUCCAUCAUUGGUUCCAACUUUUACAGCGUGGCCGAGUCGGCUCUUCUGGCCUGGAUGUCGGCCCACUGCACCCGGGAGUUUGGACCCAAGUUCCCCAGGAUCACCAACUUCGAUUCAGACCUGGCCGACGCCAGCGUGUUGUUCGCGCUGUUAUCCGGCUACUGGCCGGGGUUGGAGAAGAAGAAGAAGACGCUGCGUCUGGACUGCCGUGACGAUCAGGACAAGCGGGAGAAUGCUGAAAUGGUGCUCAAGAUUAUGACGGACCUAGGCUUACCGUACGAUAUCACGGUGGACGAGAUCGUGAACCCCAAUCCGCACGACAUGAUGGUCUUCGUGCUGUAUUUGCAUCAUACGCUGCCGCAAUUCGUGCCGCGGUCCUGCAUCGACUUUGCGUGCAAACUCGGAGAGACGCAGUGCAAGGAGCUGGAGCUGACCAACCCCAGCAAGAAGGCCAUUAGCUACUCGGCGCGCCUGGAGGGCCACCGCGACUUCUCCAUAGAGUCGUCAUCGCUGCGGAUUGAACCCAAGGCCGCUGCCAAGCUCAUGAUCCAAUGCACGCCCACCAACACACUGUCUCAGGCCUCCCGGCUGGUGCUAAUGAGCAAGCGCGAAGGAGGAGUGCAUGCCGCCACCCUGGUUUUCCAGCUGGCCUGCAAGGUCAACACGCGGGCGCCGCUGAAGCGUGUGCGGACCGAGGGCCCGCUGUACGAGCUGCAGGUGUUCGAGUUCACCGUCACUAACCCCUUUCCGGCGGCUGAGCUGAAAUACGGUGCGCCUGCUCCUGAUUUGGAUGUAAGGAUCUGUUCGUACGGUUUCGCAGAUGGUGACUUCACCAUCCAGAUUCUGCAUGAGCCUGCGGAGCCGCUUCCCAAGAAGGAGGAGGACCCCGCCGCCGCAAAAGUCGGCCCCGGGUCAGCCGCCCGCAGCCGGGCCACCAGCAAGCGCAGCGGCCGCAAGGCCCAGCAGUUCGAGCUCCCCACGGCCGAGGAGGUUGCGGCCAAGUGGGGCAGGCUGUGGCCAGAUGCUUUUGGUCUGGAUCGUAACCGGCUGCGGCUCAAGCAGAAUGCCUCUGAGCGCAUCAAGGGCUUCUUCCUGCCCUUCACCAUGACCGCCGCCUACUGCACGGUGCUGUUCCGCGACAAGGAACAGGGCGAGUUCUGCUACGAGCUGGUGGGGGAGCCGGGGCUGCCCUCUCCAAUGAUGCAGGUCAAGGGCAAUGUGCCUCUGGAGGCCCCGCAGCAGGUGUAUGACCUGCUGCUGCCCUUCCAGAACUCGGCACUGGAGGCGGCCAAGAGGGCCUUCCAGGAGAAGCACCCCCUGGCCAAGGACAAGGAGCAACUGUCGCUCCUGAAGCAGGACCCCUUCAAAGGAAACGAGAUCGCGUACCUGGUGACCCAAACCAACAGCCUGAUGAGCGCCCCAUCGCACAUCUCGCUCUCCGCUCGCUCCCUCCUCGUCUACGCCACGGAGCCGCUCCCCACCUCGCCACCCAACGGCCCUGGCGGCGCGGUACAGAGCGCCGCCUCUGGGGGCGCUAAUGGUAACUCCGGCGGUGGUGGCGCCAAUUCCUCUCGUUCCGGGGGCCAGCAGCGCACCCCCAAUGCAAUGCCGCCUCCGGAACCCAACACGCUGCGCUUACACCUUUCCCCCAUCGGCACCGGCAUUUACCCCACUCGCAUCAUGCUCACCUCGGCGCUGGACGUGCGAGUCAUCGACGUGGAGCUUACGGCCCAAACCAUGACGCAAAACUUCGUAUUGGAGUUCAGCACAUCCGCUCGGCAACCCAUCACCCAGGCAAGCCGCGCCGGCGACAUUCCACUGGUCAACACGGGCGAGACCAGCAUGACGGUGUCCGCCACUAUCAAUGGUGCCAUCUGGAGUGGACCCCGGGAGAUGAUCGUGCCUGCGGGCUGCACCGUCAUGUACCCGCUGCAGUUCAAGCCGCUAUUACCGGGUGACAUCAAAGGCAGUUUGGAGCUGGCCAUUAAUGCCACCGGGGAGCGCAACACAUACACACUGCUGGGUCGGGCUUCAGAGCCGCUGGCAGAGGGGCAGAUCGUCAUUGAGUGCCAGGCCCGCAAGCCCGCCACCAAGCAGUUCAACGUGCCCAACAUCAUCGGAAGUUCGACGGAGUACAAGGUGAUGUGCGACCUGGACUUCAUGGUGGGAGUGCCCCAAGUCAAGGUGCCGCCAGGACUUGCCACGCAGUACAAGAUCACCGCAUGUCCGCAGCGCAGCGGCACCUACAACGGCAUCAUCACCUUCACUACCGCUGAUGGGCAGUACUGCUGGUACACACUCGAGGUCCGCGCCUCGGAGCCGCCCGAGGUGGGCACCAUUGACGUCCGCGCCGCCGUCCGCACCGCCGUGGUGGUGUGUGUCACCAUGAGCAACCCCCUGCGCAAGGACAUGGAGCUGGCGGUGCGAUACAGCGAUGUGGCGCUAUGCGGACCUGCUGUAGUGGCUCUACCCGGCACCCAGGAACCCGUCACCUUUGAGUUCUUCUUCGCGCCGCUGGUGCCCGGCUCCUCCAGCGGCAGCGUGGUGCUGGUCAACGACGACGUGGGGGAGUUCCGGUACCUGAUCAACAUGGUUGCCGACCCCGCAGAGCCGGAGCAGCUGCCCGACAUGACUGCGGAGCUGGGGCGCUCCGGCAGGUCUCCGCUGGUGAUUGAGAACCCACUGGAUGUGGCGGUGGUGCUGUCCGCCACGAGCAGCAACCCCAGGAACUUCGCGGUGCUGCCAAGCAUGGUUGCGCUCUCCGCGUACGGCACUGCUGAGCUCAUGGUUGAGUACUGCCCCAGUACCUUGGAUCAUGAUGAGGAGGCAACCAUCACGGUGGAUGGGGACAUCGUAGGGACGUGGGAAUACAAUGUCCGUGGCCGUGGCGAGCUCCCCACCGUCAUGGAAGCCACCCACAUGUCCACCAUGCUGGGGGCCCAGGGCCAGGUCAUAGUCACGUGGAAGAACCCCUUCCCGGAAGCAGCCUCCGUCAGCGUGCAGCUGCGGACCGACGAGCCGCCGGGAGUAUUUGAGCUGCUGCGUCUUGGGCCCUACAACGGCGCCAGCUCGUCCAAGGCGCUUACGGGAGUCAUCUCUUCGAACAGCUCCUCGAACAGCGUCCACGGUGGGGUGGGGCCAGGGCCCGGCGGGGGCAGCGGCGGGCACGCCGCUACGGCCGCCCUCGCGCUUGGAAACGGCCCACUGCGCAGCGGCGGCGCCAGUGGCGCGUUGACAGUGCAGGAAUGGACUGUACAGCCGUACGGCUUGCUGCAUGUGCCGCUGCGAUACACUCCUGCAGCACUAAAGACGUGUUCCUGCGAGGUCCUCGUUGCGGUGGAGGGCAGCAGCUACAGCCUCAACACCCUGGUGUGGCGCUUCCCGGUGCGGGCGCUCACGGAGGCCAGCCUCAGCGGUGUCGUGUUCAGGUACAAAUGCAAGGCCCGGUCCCGCAUUGAGGAGACCAUGGAGGUGGUGUUGACAGGGCUGAACAAGGUCGGACCUGAAGACGAGUUCAGCCACGAGAUGGUGCUGCCAGUGGAGCACAGAGCUUUCCUGGAGCAGUCUCUGGUGGUAGAGCCCGUGGGCCCCAACCCUGUACGACUCAGCCGCCCUGACGCCCCCCUGCGCUACAAGGUCUACUUCGCCCCCCAGCGCAUGUUGCCCCCCACCUCCCUGGAGCUGGUCAUCAACAAGUCCACGGGGGGGAGAUGGAGGUUCGAGAUGCAGCUGCAGGCCACGGAGCCCGACCUGGAUGGGACACUGACCAUCGAGGCCGCCGUGGGCGCCACCUCCUACGUGCCCCUGCGCCUCUACUCCUCUUCUAACGAGCCCCAGCCCUUCACCGCCUCCUUCCCCUCCGACACGCCGCUCGUCUUCAACGUCGUCCCCUCCAAGGGCCUUCUGCCACCCAUGCCGCGACCCGGCGAGCCGGAGCCCGAGCCGCCGCUGCAGGUCUCCUACAACUGCCGCGAGUUUGGCAAGGUGGUUCGCGGCCGGCUGCACGUGCAGACCUCCGACAUGCACUACUCCUACGAGCUGCGCGGCCGCAUGCCCACCUACGUGCCGCCCAGUCCCGCGCAGUUUGCAACCUCUGUGGACAACAAGCUGGACCCUGCCCUGGAGACCCGGCUGAGCCUGGGUCGGCCCACGGGGAAGAACUACGUGGCUACGAACAUGCGAGCGACCCGGGUUACCGGGCAUGGGGAUCAGGGAGGAGGCCACAAGGGCCAACCGGGGGCUCAAGGUGCCACUGCUGUUGCGGCAAAGAAGCGAUGGACGCAGCUCGCAACCAACGCGACGCUUGUAGCAUCUUCUCAGAACAUAAUCGGCAAAUCAUGGCCAACGUUCGGGGUUAUCAAAGGGGGGCUUGACAGAGAAACUCCCUCUGCGAAGCUGCAGCUCUUGGAACGCCUCCAAGCACGUGAAGGCCGCUUUCUGUCGCCCGUUGUACGCGAUGGCGUACCUGAGGGCGUCCGCUGCGAUGCAACGGAGCGGUGUGAUAGCCACAACGUGUGUGCCCGGGUGUGCGCUCGGGGGUCUGUGGCAAUCGACCCCUGGUUGCGAUUCGCCGUCGACUACCAGUGGCGGCUGUCCCGCAAACAGCCUCUUUGCUUCGCCCAGCUGCUGGGUACUCACAACUCCGCCAUUACCCUGGCGGACGGGUACGGCAUGCACGAUGACGUGUACACCCAGUACCUGCACUACCUGGGCCUUGCGAGCGGCUCCCAGCGGCUGAUGACCAACAACCAGGUGCUUUCCCUCACCGACCAACUCAACCUGGGGGUCAGGUUCCUGGAGCUCGAUGUGCACUGGAUCCAGUCCGACCUCCACAUAGCGCACUGCGGCGGCUUCCACUCGCCCCAACUCAACGCGCUGGUGGCGGCGCUGAGUGCACUGGCCCAGCUGUUCGGCCACCCGCCCGUGGAGUGGGACGCGGAGACGCUGGGCUGCGACCCCUCCAUGUCCUCACUGCCGACCAGGGACCAGCGCACCUUCGUGGAUGCGCUGCGUGAGUCGGAGUUCCUGGUGCUGUAUCUUGACAACCAGAUGGACCUGCUGCGGUGGGGCCGCGUGGGCACACUGAUGGAGCAGGUUAUGUCGGUGAUUCCGACCGCCCUCAUCAUCACCCCCCCAGAGCUAAACAACAUCACUCAGCAGCGGGGCUCCAUGCCCAGCGUUGACGAGCUCGUCCAUGUGUACGGCAAGCGGCUCCUCUUGAUGAGCGGCAGUGACUACGGCGAGGAGAUGUCCUGGCUGGCGUUCAGCCACCACAACCUGUGCGACAUGGACGAGCCCUUGUUCAGGGGCUUCCAAGGGCCCCCUCACUGCCAAUUCCAUAACUGGCAUCUCGACAUGGACACACCUGUCAUGGCCGGCAAACUGAUCCGCACACCUACAUGUAACUUGACGUACGGCCCGUACAACUGUUCGAUGCUGCGCGGCGACAAUAUUCCGCAGCUAGAUGACCACCAGCUGCCGGAAGCCACUUCCUGCGGCAUCAACGUGCCAGCACCGGAUCAAAUAACACCGCAGCUCGUACAGUCGUACAUCUGGAGUUGGGCUCCGGGACAUGCGCCGCCGAUGCCCGCGGCUGCGGCAGCUGUUGAGACACAGCAACCCAAGCGCCACUACCACCACCCAGCACAAGGACGUGCGGUGCAGGAGGCGCCACUUGCCUCCGGGGCGGCAACGGCGCCGUCGUCUGAGGGAUCAUUUACGCCUGGGGAGGGCCGGGUGGCGAAGGCGGCGUUGGAAAAAAUAGUGUCGACGGCAGAAGCGGAGGCGGAGGCGGUGUGCGUGGUGAUGAGCUCCAGCGACGGGCGCUGGCUGGUGCGGCCCUCUUGUAAGGGGGCGGCGCUGCUGGCAUGUCGACGGGACACAGGUGCCCAGCACGUCCCUGGAGCAGACGCCUGGGCCCUGGCUUCCCUCGGCCCUGCUACCAGCGCGGGCCCCUGUCCGCCCGGCUACCUGCCGUCUGCCCCCCACACCGCGCGAGAAAACUGGGAGCUCUGGCAGCUGCUGAAGCAUCGGAAGCAGCAGCUGCUGCAGCAACCCGAGCGAACGCAACGCGGGCAUCCGCAGCAGCCAAAGAUUCAGCUGCAACUGCAUCAUGAUCAUCAGGCGGUGCAUCGUGUAAAGGACAGGGGUGUAGAUGGGCAAGUGGACUCAGUCAAAGGAGACGGACGUGGAGGUAGGAAAGCCGGGGGUGCCGACGCCACCGCUACCGCUACCGUUGCUGGUGAUGGUGAUGGCGACAUGUCUGCAAACCGCAGGGUGGCAAUCCGUAGUGGUGCCGCUCUUAGCCCGCCACUAGAUGCGCAGCACACCCCAACCACUUGCAAGAACCGUGCCUAG